AUAUUGAAUCCCUCCCUGUGUGUUUUUCUUUCGGUGAACUUCCAGUUAAGGGAAGUGAGUUUGUUAGCGUGGGCAGAAAGUCCGUGGUUAAACGCUGCAAACCAAACGCUCUAUACCCUGUAACUAGGUUUCUGGAUUAAACUUCACACUUGUUUUUUUAUUUUUUGGAGGAUUUACGCACCUACAGAAGCUGAUUGGCAUCAUUAAGGAGUCACAAGCUGCAGGAGGGGAUGGAGAACUAACAGACACGACAGCAGUCCCUCAGUGAAGAAAAAGAGGAAGUGAUGAUGGCAUCACAGAAAGGGAAGGAUCCAAACAGCAACAGUGACCAAUCAGACAGUAGGUUAAAGAACAAGAAGCCUCCCAGCCUGGUGAUUGCAAUCCCACCCAGCGAUGCUCAAGAGAGAACUGUGAACGAGUCAAAGCCUUUAAGACCAUCAGUAAAGAAAAGUGUCAGUAUGCAGCAGUCAACCGAGGAAUUGUCAGAUAGCGGGGCGACCAACAGGAGAGCAGCAUUCCGCAGACAGACAUCUCUCUCUCAGAGCAUCCGCAGAAACACGGCACAGUGGUUUGGCGUCGGUACGGACUGUGAAAGUCAGCAGCAGGUGUGGCAGCGGAAGAGUCUGCGCCACUGUAGUCUACGUUAUGGCCGUCUGAAACCUCAGUACAGAGACCAACAUGAGGCAGCAAGUAUCGACCACAGCCUCGACUCGCCUGCCACUCACAAGAUGCCAAAGAUUGUGGACCCUCUGGCCCGUGGACGUCAAUUCCGUUACGACGAAGUGGACCGGCCAAGGACCCCACAUGUUGCUCAUGCUCCUCCCCCUCAGACCCCAGGGGUCUCUUCUCUGUGCUCCUUCACCAGUCAGCGCUCUACUCACUCUCGGGUUCCACGUAGGAAGAGAGAGUCUGUGGCCCGCAUGAGCAUACGUGCAGCCUCCAACCUACUCAGGGGUCGUCCUGGUCUGCAUGGAACCCAGCUGUCUCGAAGCGUCCCCCGAAGGAGUUUUGUUCGGCCCAGCUGGAUGGAGGAGGACACGGUGGACACAGCAGACACCUCCGACUCAGUCUUCUUUAGCAAGAUGGAUGCGCAUGAGGACUUCUACUCUAUGGCAGAUGAUGUGUUCGAGUCCCCGCCUCUGUCUGCUUCAUUGGCUGUGGAUGGUUUGGUAGAUGAAGCAGGACGCUACCCCAGCUUUAAGGAUAUCAGCCGUGCUCCAGCCGCGAUAGUAAGCCCCGCCCUUCGCCGCGGAGGCCGAAUUGCGUCCCGAGUAAAGCACUUUGCCUUCGAUAAGCACAAACGUCAGUACGGCCUGGGUGUGGUGGGGAAUUGGCUAGAUCGACACUAUCGGCGGAGCCUGAGCAGCCAAGUGCAAAAACAGUUGGAUGACUUCCACAGCCACAGACCAUAUUUUACCUACUGGAUCACCUUUGUGCACAUAGUCAUCACUCUGCUGGCCUGCUGUACGUACGGCUUCGCUCCGGUCGGCUUCGCCCAGCAAACCAUCAAUCAACUAGUGCUAAGGAACAAAGGGGUGUAUGAAAGUGUGAAGUAUGUUCAGCAGCAGAAUUUCUGGAUCGGCCCAGGAUCCGUAGACCUGAUCCACCUGGGAGCGAAGUUUUCACCCUGUCUUAGAAGAGACACCAAGAUCGCUACCCGCAUGCAACGUGACAAAGAUGAGGAAAAGGAUUCUGGCUGCUGUGUGCAAAAUGAUAAUUCUGGAUGUGUACAGACGCUUCGGAAAGACUGCUCGGAGACAUUGGCCACCUUCAUUAAAUGGAGCAAAGAGAAUGUUGAUAUCAUUCGCUCUUCAGGGGCGGUGUGCCAUCAGGACCCCAGGACGUGUCAAGAGCCUGCCUCAGCAGAGCCGCACGUUUGGCCUGACGACAUCACACGUUGGCCGAUCUGUACAGACCAAGGCACAUUGAACCACACUGGUUACCGGCACAUGGACUGCACCAUCAGGGGCCGUCCGUGCUGUAUCGGGACGCAAGGAAGAUGUGAGAUUGCCACACGGGAAUACUGUGAUUUCAUGCAUGGCUACUUCCAUGAGGAGGCCACGCUCUGCUCUCAGGUUCAUUGUCUAGAUGAGGUGUGUGGCCUGCUGCCAUUUCUGAACCCAGAUGUUCCGGACCAGUUCUACCGACUCUGGCUUUCUCUCUUCCUGCAUGCAGGUCUCCUGCACUGCCUGGUGUCCGUAGUCUUCCAGAUGACUAUACUCCGAGACCUGGAGAAACUUGCUGGCUGGGUACGCAUCUCUAUCAUUUACAUUCUCAGCGGGAUCACAGGAAACCUAGCCAGUGCUCUCUUCCUGCCGUACAAAGCAGAGGUGGGUCCAGCAGGCUCUCAGUUUGGUCUGCUAGCGUGCCUGUUUGUGGAGCUCUUUCAGGGCUGGCAGAUGUUGGAGAAACCAUGGAAUGCCUUCCUCAAGCUGCUUGGCCUUGUCCUCUUCCUCUUCCUUUGUGGCUUGCUGCCAUGGAUUGACAACAUUGCCCAUAUCUUCGGCUUCCUCAGUGGCUUGCUGCUGUCCUUCUCCUUUCUGCCUUACGUCACCUUCGGCACCUUUGACAAGUACCGCAAACGUGUGCUCAUUAUCCUGUCAAUGCUCGUGUACGUGGGCCUGUUCUCCUUGCUCAUCGUCUGGUUCUACAUCUACCCCAUCAACUGGAAAUGGCUUGAGUAUCUCACCUGCAUCCCCUUCACCAGCAAAUUUUGUGAACGCUAUGAUAACGACCCAUUCGGCCACUAAGACGCUAGAGGUUUUAACAAUUCGCUAGCCAGAGGACAGAGGGUUUGCUGCCUGUGUGCUACCUUGCAUGCAAAUCCAAAUAAAUAUUGACCGAGUGUGGUUUAAGCCAAGUACUGUAAAGGAUCAAGAAGUAAGGGAUUAGCAACGAAUUAAACAACAACAAAUUGUUGAUGCUACACUGCUGGUACUGCUGAUGUUUUGGGUCAUUAUCAAGGCAGUUACAUUUACUCUUGAGGUCCGGUGAUGUGUGCAGAACUUGCAUUUCAGGAGUUUUUGGUACAAUAUUUCUACUGAUGCGCCAAUUUCUUAUUGACACUAAAUACCACAUCAGGUUACUUCCUGGUCUACUUUGCUUUAAACUAGUAUUGUUUUAUUUGAGUGCCAUGUUCUUACACUAUAGAACACUGUAGCAGAUCAGGAAUGAUGCCUGUGUCUAUAUGUUCUGGUUGAUGGAAUACUCCAGCAUUGUUUAACCUAAUCUUGCUCCAUUUUUGAAAGGUUGAUAUAGAUAAGGUCGGUGCUGCAUUAAUUAUUCAUUCAUCUGCAGCAAUUGCUGCUGGUUAGGGUGGAUUUGGAGCCUGUUACCGGAACACUUGAUGUGAGGCGGGAAUACAUUCUGGAUAGGAUACCAGAUUAUCUCAGGGCACCAUACACUCAUUCAGCCCUAUGAACAUGAUCUUGUGGAGAACAUGUGAAACUCCACUCCCAGUAACCCAAGCUGGGGAACCAGGAGGUGUGAGGCAACAGCACUACCUCCUGCACAAACCUCCAGCUGUUCUAGCAUCCUAAACCAAACACAAUUUCCUUGCUGCUGGGAUAGUGCUCUCAAAAGCUGUAUCUGGUGUUGUAGUGUACAUUUCAACUAUUACCCUAAGUUAAAGUCCACCAAACUCAAAAUCCACCCAAUAGUUCCAGGGGCAUAAAAAG